GGGGCGGCUUCUGCUGCGGCGGCGGCGGCGCUUGUUGCGCCCACCCGGCGGCGACGGCGGGAGGGAGGAACGGGAUAAACUUUAAACUUGGUCGGGGCGGGCAGGGAGCCGCAUGGAUGCCGUCGUCCCCCGGUGCUGACUCGCAGCCCGCAGCACGCUGUGGGGCGAUCGCUGACAGUGGAGCGCGAGGCGCCGCUGCGCCGCUUCCUCCACCGCCGGCCAUGGUGUGUGUGGGGCGCGGGGCUCAGCCUGGGCCCUGAGAGCGGCGACUCGCCCACCUACUGUGCCCCCACGCCGCCGUCUUCACCGCACCCCCGCCCGCCUCCACCUGCCUCUGCUUCGCCGCUGCCGACCUGAGGCGCUGGGCAUCGGCUUCUCUCCGCGCUGCAGCCCGCCCGACAUGCAGCCGCCUGCGGGAAGCCGCAGGGAGUGAGCCCCGUUUUCCGACCGACCUGCUGGCCGCCCCCUCGGCGCCCGCUCUUGCUCCGAUGGAGCUGGACGAGACGCCGCUCGCCCGCCCGAAAACCAUGAUGCUUAUGCUGAGGAAAGUUCGCAAGAGGCGGGAGAUGCUGCUGCAGCAGCUGGGCUUCAUCUGCGCCAUCCUCUUCUUCGUCUGGUGCAUGUCCAGCCUGCUCUCCAGGCUGGGCCGAGAAUCAGCUGUUGCAGACAGACAUUCUUUGGCAGAAAUAUGGAGGAACAGAAGGUUGAUGGCAUCACCUAAUGGGACACAUGAGGAAAAGAACUGUACAGAGCCAGCCAUUAAUGAAUUUCCUGAAGAUAUAUUCACAAAUAAAGAACGGCAGCAAGGAGGAAUUCUGCUUCAUAUCAUUGCUGCUCUUUAUAUGUUCUACGCUUUGGCUAUAGUAUGUGAUGACUUCUUUGUUCCAUCCUUAGAGAAAAUUUGUGAGAAACUGCAUUUGAGUGAAGAUGUUGCUGGAGCUACAUUCAUGGCAGCAGGGAGCUCCACUCCAGAACUGUUUGCCUCUGUUAUAGGUGUAUUUAUCACUCAUGGAGAUGUAGGAGUAGGGACUAUUGUUGGUUCAGCAGUUUUCAACAUCCUCUGCAUUGUUGGUGUCUGUGGGUUGUUUGCAGGACAGGUGGUUUGUCUCACCCAGUGGGCUGUGUUCCGGGACUCUGUGUACUACACGAUAUCUGUGAUUGUUCUUAUUGCUUUCAUAUAUGAUGAGAAAAUAGAAUGGUGGGAAAGCCUUAUACUCAUCGUUAUGUACUCAUUCUACAUCCUUAUCAUGAAGUACAAUGUAAAGAUGCAAAAUUUCUUCACCCUUAAAAGCAAGAAUGUUGGAAAUGGUGACACUGUCAACAAUGAACUGGAAGAUGGUAAUAAAUAUUAUGCCUCUAGUUGUGAUGACCCAUCCAUUCCAUUACUAUGGAAAGUCAAGGGGAUGCAGCAGUAUGGCAAAAACAGUGUUGUGAUGGUGGAUGAGAUAAUCUGCUCCAGUCCCCCCAAAUACCGGUUCCCUGAAGCUGGACUAAGGAUUAUGAUUACAAAUAAAUUUGGACCACGCACCAGAAUGCGGAUGGCAAGUCGACUCAUCAUUAAUGAGCGUCAGCGGUUAAUCCAGUCUGCCAAUGGCUCAAGCAAAACACUUCAGAAUGGGAGACAUGAAAAUGUUGAAAAUGGGAACAUCCCUGUGGUGAAUCAAGAGGAGGAAAAUGAAGAGGACAGUCUAUCUCCCUUUUCAGUGCCAGAUGGAAAAAUGAACAAAAUUAAAUGGAUUUUGACUUGGCCAUUGAUACUUGUGCUUUUUUGCACCAUUCCAAACUGCAGUAAACCACGUUGGGAGAGGUUUUUUAUGGUGACUUUCGUAUUGUCCACUCUCUGGAUUGCCUUGUUCUCCUAUUUCAUGGUGUGGAUGGUGACUGUGAUUGGAUACACCCUUGGGAUACCAGAUGUGAUCAUGGGCAUUACUUUUCUAGCUGCAGGAACAAGUGUCCCAGACUGCAUGGCCAGCUUAAUAGUAGCAAGGCAAGGCCUUGGUGACAUGGCAGUAUCCAACACAAUAGGGAGCAAUGUCUUUGACAUUCUGGUGGGACUUGGUGUUCCAUGGGGUCUGCAAACCAUGGCUAUUGAUUCUGGAUCAACUGUAAAGAUAAACAGCAAGGGACUGGUGUAUUCAGUUGCACUUUUGCUAGGAUCAGUGGCACUUACUGUGUUUGGGAUCCAUGUAAAUAAGUGGAAACUUGACAGGAAGUUAGGCAUCUACGUGUUGUUUCUUUAUGCUGUUUUCCUGUGUUUCUCUAUAUUGAUAGAGUUUAAUGUCUUCACCUUUGUCAACUUCCCUAUGUGCCGAGAAGAACUUAAUAUCAUCUCCAGUACAAAACCUGAGGAUGUGGAGGCUCUGCUCAGCGAUGGAAAGGGAUUGCUUUCUUUACCAAGGAACUCUAAAGCCACUGUGAAAACAGAAAGUGUCUUAAGGUUUGCUGUAAUGAUGAAAACAGCAGCAGGAGACAAGGGAGCCAGGGAUGACUCAGGCCCCAUCAGAGAUACUGACAAAGAAGGAAAAGAGACACAUCUCUGUCAGGCCACUGCCUCGCAAAACUGCCUCCCUCUUCCAGGGAUCAGCAUCCUUGACAAACUCAUCAAGACUUGUCCUGUCUGGCUUCAGCUGAACAUGAACCAGGAAAGGGCUGGGGCAAUACUUGGCAAAGAAUCAGCAGGGAUAUUCUUGGUUAGGAAAGAGGCUAAUGUGAAAAACAUGGUCCUUGCAGUCUGCCUGCCAGUGCAGAAUGAGGCUCCCAGUGUGCUAGAGUACAACAUUAAAGAAGAAAAAUCAAUCCUGUACCUGGAAGGAUCUGUCCUUGUGUUCGAGGAUAUCUUCAAAUUGGUUGCCUUCUACUGCGUCAGCAGAGAUUUGCUGCCCUUCACCCUGAAACUGCCACAAGCAAUAUUAGAAGCCUGUAGUUUUCAAGACCUUGAAAUUAUCUCUAGUCUGGGUAUAGAUUUCUGGGAUUCCUCCUUGAACCGCAGAAGAAGAGAGGAUCUAUCCUACUCUGCAAAAGACUCUGCUUUCAGCACUGUCCAGACAGACAGUUUAAGGUCUACCCAAUGUUUUGCAAGUAGCAUAAACCACUGCUCAUGUGAAAUAGAGCUGUCAAUAGGAAAUGACAGGCUGUGGUUUGUGAAUCCUAUUUUUAUAGAAGAGUGCAGUAAUCCUUUUCCUCCAGAUGUACCUCCUCCUAAAAGCCACUCAAUGAGCACAGACCUGCCCCCUACCACCAUGCUUCCUGAAAGGAGAUCUCCUCGCCGCCCUCCUCCACCUCCACCUUCUCAUGCUCAUGUUCAGAAAUCCCUGAAGCCUCUGCAGGAUCCCAUGACUGCUCAUGAAGAAAACAAGCUACUUCUUCAGCCACUAGGAAAGAGCAUCAAGGAAAUGAAAACUGAGAGCGGUGUCAGUAAAGGAGAAGGGAAGCAGAGCUGUUCAGCCAGUGAGCCCUCAGCAGUGAGCCCCAACAAGGGCACCCAGCCCUCUGUCCCUCCACGGAGGCGGCUGAGUGAGAGGACCUUAGAAGAGAGCUGUGUGGGUAAGCCUGGAAGUUGUGAAACGCUGAAAGGGGAACAGAGAGAAGAACAACAAUACACAAGUACAGAGAGAAGAGAUAUCAGGUUGCUGUGCAAAAAGGCUGUAGAAAUGCCUGGGGAGGUUCCUGAACGGUCUGUAUCACAUUUUCAGGAGACGAAGCCUGAACCUGCAGAGAAGAUGGAGAACAUGUCUAAGAUACAAAGUAAUGCCACCGAGAAAGGAAAGUCACCUCCUAUCCCACCACCAAGAAGGAAGAGGCUUUCCCAGGUUCCGCGAAUCCCCAAAUCCUGCGAGACAAAGCAGAGAACAGUAGCAGAGACAGCCAUGGCUCAAGCAGCUUUGAGCAAGAGCAGUUCAUCCACCAUGGCAGACACACAGACCAAGACUGAACCAGUACAUGGCCACAAAUCCAUUAUCUCAGCUGAACUGAAAGGUUCACACUCCUCCUUGGAGGGUCCAGGAGGCAGUGCCAUGGCUCAGGCAUCAGCAUCCGAGCCAGACUCCUACUCCACCAGCAGCACAGAGGAUGACCUGGAGGUGCUGAGUAGUUCAUCCAGUAAAAAGACACGCUCUGUUAUCUUGGACAAGGCCAAGAACAGGCUGUCCUUUGCAAGCCUGUCCAACGUCUUCACAGUCUUUUUGUCUAGUGACAGGAAGCUGCAGAAGAAGAUAGUGGAGUUGGCACAGGACAAGGGCUCAUACUUUGGCAACCUGGUGCGGGACUACAGAGUGUACAGUUUAGAGAUGAUGGCAAAGCAGAGCUCCAGCACAGAGAUGCUACAAGAAAUCCGGAUGAUGAUGACGCAGCUGAAGAGUUACUUAGUGCAGAGCACUGAGUUGAAAAGUCUGAUAGAUCCAGCCUCCUACACUGAGGAACAGCUAGAAAUUAUUGCUGAGACAGCUCUAUACAAAUGUGUCUUGAAACCUUUAAAAGAAGCCAUUGAUACUUACUUAAAAGAAAUCCACAACAAAGAUGGAUCUUUACAGCAGCUAAAAGAGAACCAACUUGUGAUACAAAACACAACUACCACUGACCUGGGCAUCACAACCAGUGUGCCUGAAACUGUUGUGCUGGAAAAGAUCCUUCACAAGUUCACAACCAUGUACAAGGCCUACUCCCCAGAAAAGAAGAUUGCCAUCUUGCUCAAGUCCUGCAAACUCAUCUAUGACUCCAUGGCUCAGGGAAACCCAGGAAAACCAUAUGGUGCAGAUGAUUUCCUCCCUGUACUCAUGUAUGUGCUGGCCCGCAGCAACUUGACUGAAGUCCUCCUGAAUGUGGAGUAUGUGAUGGAGCUCAUGGACCCUGCUCUGCAGCUUGGGGAAGGCUCUUAUUAUUUAACUACCACCUAUGGGGCCCUGGAACACAUCAAGAACUAUGACAAAAUCACUGUCACGCGGCAGCUGAGCGUGGAAGUGCAGGACUCCAUUCACCGCUGGGAGCGACGGAGGACGCUGAACAAGGCCCGGGCAUCCCGUUCAUCAGUGCAGGAUUUCAUCUCUAUCUCCUUUAUGGAAAUCGGUGGGCAGUCAAGGACUCUUGCUUCCAGGAAGGACACCACAGCUGAGCAGCUGAGCCAGCAAUGUGCUGAAAAGUUCGAAGUCUCCCAUCCCAAGGACUAUCAUCUCUUUGUUUAUGUUGAGGAUCAUUGGCUGCAGCUGAACAAAGAUGCUCUUCCUCACCAUAUCAAAGCCUCCCUGCUGAAGAGUGAAACCAAGAAAGAUUUCCAUUUUAUUUAUAAACCAAUAAACCAUAAAAGCCCACCAGUUCCAAUUGUCAAAGAGUCAGACUUUCACUAAGGGCUAUGCUGCUCUUUUGUUGUGUUUGUUGUCAUCCUGGGUGGGCUGGAAAGUUUCUCGUGAGACUCUCUGGUACCUGCAGACCUGAGAAGGUCUCUGGAAUGUGGCCUUCAACAGAGAGUAGAUGUGCUAAUUGUAGAUGCUGUCUGAAUACAUGGCAUUUCCAGCAGAGUUCAUUUGCAGAAAUAAAAAGGAGCAAUAAAGAGACCAUUCAUACUUUGGAAAACUUGAAGUAUCAAACCUCAGAACCUCCUGCUGGCAACCAGUUUAUGUUGCAGAAUGUAAAUGGACAGUGGAGAAAUUCAGAGAUCUUGCAGAAAAAUGGACAUUUACUCCAUAAUAAAUUAUGUCAGGUGUGAAUCACCUCUGUGCACAAAGCCUGUGAGAGGUCUUUACACACCUCUAUCUGGUUGGAGAUAAGAUUAUGCCUUAUAGUAUCUGUCCAUCCAGUUUGAAUAAACUUGAGUCUUGCCUGAUGUAUUCUGUGGAACAGAGUAGCCACCUGUAGCAGACCUCCAUCUCUGUCUAGCUAUCUACAACAUGUGGUUGUCUUUGAAAUCUACAUAAUUACAGACCAUGCAAGAUGGUGUGUACAUUUACCAAGAAUACCUUUUCUGCCAUCUGUCAUUGAAAUCAGGUAGCAUAGACAUUUUCAUCAAUGUAUUUCCCUUAAAGACUGAAAGUCUUCAUUAUCAGUUUUACAUGUACAGCAGUUUUAAUCACAUUGGUUGUAUGAUACUGUCUGAUUAAUUGUGUAUUUAUUUCCAUGUGUAAUAUGGUGCAAUUAUUUUAAAAUAAGCAUUUGUAAAUAACUUAAUAAUUUGCCCAGGGCAACAAACGAGAUUAAAUUCAAAAAUCAAGAAAGAGCUAGAAUU